AUGUCGCCUGCUACCAAGGACAUCAUUGCCCGUGUGCGGCAAAUGAUCCCGCCUAUGCUGGAGAAGUUUCACAAGGGACAGCUGGGGCGAGUUGGCGUCAUCGGCGGCAGUGAGGACUACACGGGCGCGCCAUACUUUUCGGCCAUGGCAAGUGCCCGUCUGGGGUGUGAUAUGGUAGGGCGUUAUUCCUGUACCCCUAUCUCAUCGCCACUUGUUGUUCUGAGGCAUACCGAGAGUAUGCCACGGAGAAAGCGAUGCGAUGCCGUCCCAGGAGCAACCCGCUGA